UGCAGUCUCCCCCAGGUCGUGCCCCAGCCGUGGGGGGCGUGGGUGGGAGGUCAGAGCCCCCCAGCGCAGGGACGGGGUGGGGGAAGGGGUUGAACUGUGCGCUGGCGCACGGACGAACCCAGGUGUCCAGGACGGGACCCAGGCAUCCCAGGGGAGGGAGCUGGGGGGGGUGCACUUUGGUCUCCCAGCUCUGCAGGGGCAUCCAGCCAGGUCCUGCAGCCCUCGUGCCCCUUGGUGGCCUGAGCUCCCCCCCCCCCCCCCCCCCCCCCCGGGCAGCGUCCCUGGGGGGAGCUGCCAGAGGCGCCCCAGGUGUCCCUGGGCCCAGGGCAUAGAGACGGGCUGCUCUGGGGUGGCGUGUGCAGGAGGCCAGCACGUGCCUAGGGGGGCUGAGGAGGGCGCAGCAAGCAAGCAUCACUCGCCCUGGGUGCCUGUAUCUUGGUCUAUUGCCCGUGGCUCUGGAAGGAGACAGAAGAGCCGGGAAAGGUGCUCGUGACGAGGGCGUGAACGCGUUGAGAGCUGAGAGCUCAGCUGGAGCCACCGGGCGCUGGGGAGAGGGGCCACAGGGAGUCUGAGUUGGGACGUUCUGGACCUGACGUGGCUGAACGGGGAAAACCUCUUCCAGCCGCCUCAGGAUGCAGCCGGGCACUCUGAUAUUGUCUGCUGGUUGCACAUUCUCCUGCCCGGGCUCCUGGCUUGGGAGGGCGGGGACCGGGCCAGGCAGCAUCCAGCCAUGGCAGCCAGGAGGGGGCAGUGGGGCAAGGCUUGGCAUGCACCCCCUGCUCCAGGUUCAAAGACCUGGGUGUGGCUCUGCCAGAUGCCCAGGGGUGUGGGAGAGAUGAGGAGGGGCUUGCCCUGGCUCUGGAGCCUAUCUAGCCCACUCCAAUCCCCCCCAACCCACCUUCAGGCUGCCCCUUGGGACUGGGUGCAGCGCUCUGAGCCCCCCACCCCGCUCCCCUUGCAGAUCUUCCCCCAGCUAUGGCGCAGUGGCAGAAGGUGCAGGAGCUGGGCAGUGCCCACCUGGAGCAGGUGCAUCAGCUGUAUCACAGCGACCUGCUCCCCAUGGAGGUGCGGCAUUGCCUGGCUGCUUGGAUCGAGGACCAGGCCUGGCAGCAGGCGGCAGAGCCGGGCUCAUCGCAGGCACGCAUGCUGCUGUACGCACUGCUGGCGAAGCUGGACGAGCAGUAUGGGCGCUGCAGCACCGAGGCUGAUGGCUUUGUGCUGCAGCACAACCUGCGCAAGGCCAAGCACGAUCUGCAGGCCAGGUAUGAGGAGUGCCCUGAGGAGCUGGCCAAUGUCAUUGCCAACCUGCUGCGGGAGGAGAAGAGGAUCCUGAGCCUGGGGCUUGAGGCCCAGCAGGCAGGAGCCAGCCCCACGCCCACCCCCCCCAUAGAGACAAACCGACAGCAAAAGAUCGAGCAGCGCCUGAACGAGAUCCAGGAGUCCAUGCAGGACCUGGAACGCUCGGUGCGGCACCUGGAGGAACUGCAGGACACCUUUGACUUUGUCUACAAGAUAACCCAGGCUCACAAGAGGACAAACCCUGCAGACCCUGAGCUGCAGGCUCAGACUCAGCAGCUGCAGGCUAUGCUAAACAGCCUGGACCAGAACCGCAAGGGCGUGCUGGCAAAGAUGCAGACACUGUUGGGGCGCGUGGAAACGCUGCGGGACUUUGUGCUGAAGGAGCUGGCAGCCUGGCGUGAGCGGCAACGCCAGGCCUGCCUGGGCGCCACCCAUGACACAGCCCUGGGCUCCCUCGAGGCCUGGUGCACGGGGGUGGCGGGGGCAUUGUUUCAGCUGCUGCGGGUGCUACGGACGCUGCAGGAGCUGCGUGCCAAGGUCAGCUAUCAGCACGACCCGCUGGAGAUGGAACCGGGGCUGUUGGAGCACCGCAUUCGCGAGCAGCUCACCAGCCUCCUGCGCAGCGCCUUUGUGGUGGAGGAACAGCCGGCCAUGCCCCACCCCAGCCGGCGCCAGCUGGUGCUCAGGACCAACCAGAAGUUCUCCACCUGCAUCAGGCUCCUGGUGAAGCUGCAGGACCGGAACCAGCAGCUGGUGGUGAAGAUGGAGUGUGACAAGGAUACCCCAAAUGUGAAGGGGUUCCGGCGCUUCAACAUCCUGACGUCGCCCAACAAGACACUGGCGCUGGACGAGAGGCAUCGCAAAGGGCUGGUCUGCGACUUCCGCCAUGUGAUGCUGAAGGAGCAGAAGGUUGUGGGCUGUGGCAAGGGCAGCAAAGGUGCCAGCGAGGGCCUGCUACCGGUAACGGAGGAGCUGCACCUCAUCACCUUCACACUAGACUACAAGUACCAGGACGUGGAGCUGCAGCUGCAGACAUCCACUCUGCCCGUGGUGGUCAUCUCCAAUGUCUGCCAGGCCUCGGCUGCCUGGGCUUCCAUCCUCUGGUUCAACCUGCUCAGCCGCUGCCUGGGCUUCCAUCCUUUCACCCAUCCCCCCCAGGACCAGCUGUUCUUCCAGGCGCCUCCCCCAGCUCCCUGGCCCGUGCUGGCCGAGGCGCUGAGCUAGCAGUUCAUGGCUGCUGCUGGGCGCGGGCUGGACCACGACCAACUGCACAUGCUGGCUGAGAAGCUCUUCGGACCAGAUGCAUCCCCCAAGAGCACCCUCCCCUGGAUCCAGUUCUCCAAGGACUCCCCUCCCGGCUUCUCCUUCUGGACCUGGCUGGAGGGGAUCUUGGAGCUGAUCCAUAAGCACCUCGCCUCGCUGUGGAAGGAUGGGCCUCCUGCAGACCGCCCCGAGUUCUGCUCCGUGGAGCCCUACACCAAGCUGGAGCUGGAGUCACUGCCGCUGGCCGACAUCAUUCGUGACUACCACAUGCUGGCACACAAGAACGUGCCCGAGAGCCCGCUCAAACUGCUGUACCCCAUGCAGCCCCGAGACGAGGCCUUUGGGCCCUACUACAGCGACAGCCGCAAAGUGGAUCUGCUGGCCCAGAGGAAGUAUCUGAACCGCCGGCUCAUCCCAGUCUCCUCUAGGCAGGUGGAUGACUCCCCUGGCCAGACCGAGGAGGGGGCGGCUGCAGCCCCAGUCCCAGACCCUGUGGUGAAGCUGGAGCCCAGGGAUGGGGCAGAUCUGGUACUGGGGCCAGAGGACCUGGAGCUCAUUGAGGGGCUGAGCCUAGAGCCCGGGGCCAUGGAGCAGCUGGAGGAAAGCCUGGCGCUGGCAGGCAUCCUGCCCGACGUGCUGCAGCGAGGGACCGACCCCUACAUGCCGAUCCCGGACGACGGGGUCCUGCUGGAGCCAGGCAGCCCAGAGUCCCAGUUUGCCGAGGCUGGGGACAUGCCCCUUCUGCAGGUUGACUCCAGGGACUUCCAGUGAUGGCAGUUAUUGGGGGGCCCCCAGGCCCGUCCUGUCCUUGCCAGGAGCCCCCCCACAUUCAUCCAUGCCCCUUGUCUGGGGGGGGGGCUCUCCCCCUCCCCCCCGCCCCAACCUGCAGGGAGCCCUGUGCCUUACCCAGUUAGGAUGUCACUAAAUAGAACCCAGGAGUCUGGGUGGAAAAGACCCCUUGCUCCUAUUGCCCCUCUUCCCCCCAACCCAUCUACCUGGCAUGGCCCCGGUACUGCUGCUGUCCUAGUAGAGCCCUGCUAGGCCUCUCGUGGGCAGGGUAGGGGGCUCAGCCCUGGGGCUAGGGGGUCUUCUCUUACCUCCCCUGUGAUGCUGGGGAAGUUUGGUGAAUAAACCUGACCCUUCACAGCCACCUGUGGUACUUGGGGGCAUUGAGACCCUCACAGAGAGCCCCCAGCAUGGGGCAGACCUAGGGCCUGCUGCCCUGAGGUGUGACCACCAGAGGGCACCACUGAGCGCCCCCCCCCCC